AGCAUAAACAACAUAUUCCUAUUCAUCCUAUGCCUGCUGACCGCAGCACCAUCAUUAGGAAAUUCAAGGGGAAGUGAUGAUUUCUUCCCCUGGUCAUUUACAGCUCGUUGGAUAUUCUCUUUUCUUUAGGAAGUUUAAAACUUGCAGCAAGGUAAUUCAACGCUGUAUUUCGGUAAUGUCGAAUCCUGGCGUGACUCCAAACAUCCACGUUAAUCCUCGUGUGUCACUUAUGGACCGUAAGGUCAAGAUAUGCUUAUCUGGACUUGAAGCUGGCCAAGCUUUUACAUUACAUGCCUCAGUUGUGGGUGAUGCGAAUGAAAUAUUCGAAUCUCAUGCACAUUAUGUGGCUGACAAAGACGGUAAGAAAUAUGCUAUAUGCACUUGAAGUGUGGGAAAGAUUCCUUUUCAAGUGGUUGACAGACAAACGUAACAAAUAUAUCGUAUUUUGUAAGUGUACUUCAGCUAGUCCUUCGUCAGAGCGAAUCCCUAACCUUAACUUUACCCAAAUCUAUUCGCUGUAAUGAAGGGUGAACGUUCGAAAAGUCCGCUUAAAAACUCUUUACGGCGGCCAAUUUACAUUUUUCAUCUGAGAAGAUAGAACCAAAUUAUCUUGUCCUUCACACCAGCGCAUUACCACAGUUUCUCUGGAAACUUAUCCCCUUCUUAUAACUUUAAAUGUUUGAAAAGAAUUAUAUUCUCCUUGCAUUAAAAAUUUCAAAUUUUGGCAGCUGAUACAAUUUUUUUUAUAGUACAUUGACAAAAUUUGGAAGGACAUCAGGUCUGAGGAGGGGGGGGGCUCUAGGUAUUUGCCAGACAUGUGGAGAACAAGUUCAGUUUUACAAGAAUAACAGCUUCAGAAUAGUGCCAUUUGGCAUCAACAACUUAAACCCUCUCUGGAUGUUGCAAAGAGGAGUAAAUCACUAGCCUUCAGUUUGGCUUUCAAGUGUUGCACAAACGUCUGAAGUUAGUUGUUCUGUUAAUAAACUAGUGGAAGAUGCAAUUUGUUGCUUUAUGUAAACUAACUGAAGACAAUGUACCAUUACAAUUAUCAGUACAGUGAGGUGCAGAAAAAGUUUGGUGAUGGGCUUUUGACCUUAAAACUCGUCUCCAGUGGUAACUGAUCUGGAAGAGUCAUGAGUCACCAACUGACAAAUGUAAAAGCACUCUUAAAGAAGUCAAACAACACGUUUUCACUGGAAACAGAGCCAGUUACCUGUCACAACAACUCAGUUUUGAUGUUAAAACAAGGUUACUAAACUUCCUUAGAUCAUGUCUCACUCAACUGAAAAUUGUACAUUAGUAAUAUGUGAGUUUGCCACUUUAACAAAAAUGAAAGGUUUAUUACCAAUCUAGAGUAUUCAGUAUGUGACUCAGUUAAUUUUUCCUUUGCACUAAUUUUUACUGGCAUCUUGACUUACUUGAAGCUCUACUAUUGCAUCAGAACUUAUCUGUCUAAAAAUUCUUGGACAACUUUAAUUUUAUUCCUAAGGAAAAAUUGAUAACUCAACUGAUGCUUCACAUGGUGGUUCCUAUGUUGGAAUUGAACAAAUGGGAUUCCUGUGGAGCAUGACACAGGCUCCUGGUCAGAGAAAAGGACUGAGACUUGCAAAGAAAGAUGUCACAAAACCUUACUCAAUUCAACUGAACUGCUUUGAUGGACAUCUGUCACCAAAGGAUGGAUUUGUGAAUAGUUUAGCAAGAAACAGUUUGCAGCCAAUUGUGAGCUCAUCAUUGGAGAAGUGGUACAUGGCUGAAGGAGUAAAGAGAAUUCCUGUAAGAGAAGGGAGGAUACGUGGAACUUUGUUCCUACCUCCAGGAAGUGGAACAUUCCCAGGUCAGUGUCUUUGAUGAAGAAAAGUGGUUUUGUCACAGCUUUUACAUUUUGAAAAAUGUUAAGUCAGUGCUUUGCAACCAUUGUAAAUGCACUCAUCCCUCACAAUCCUCAAUGUUUAUUUGCUUAUACUUUCUAUAAUUUGGGGUUGUGCCUAUGUACAAGAUAAACUCUUUGUUAUUCUAGCACGUUUAUCCUUUACACCUCAAUAUCAGUAUGCAUAUUCUCCAUACUGUUCUCUAUACAUUUGCUAGUGUGCAAACAGGGUGAAUCUGUCGAACAUUCAGGGAUUUCUUCUGUUAGUGAUGAUUUUCCUUAUUCUUGUGACCUUAAGGUGUGAUUCAAGGCUGCUUUUGUGAGGAGAAAUAAGAUGCUAGUCACUCUUAGGGAUUUUAGGGUCACAGGUUAAGUCAAAGCCACUUUAUUUUAAAAGGAAUAGGGGAUAUUCCCAUUUUCAUUUGUAUGGGACUGUAGGCUAGCUUUUCAAACAACCAGAUUUUUUCUGAUCCUAAGCUACUCGCAAAUGAACAAGGAGAGUAGACACUAACUCUGCUUUGUUUUUUGUUAAUUAGGAGUCAUUGAUAUGUUUGGAACAGCAGGAGGCUUGAUAGAAUUCAAAGCCUCCCUUCUGGCAUCACAUGGGUUUGCCGUCCUCUCACUGGCAUAUUUUGCAUAUGAUGACCUACCAAAGUAUCUUCCAUUCUGUGAACUGGAAUACUUUGAGGAAGCGGCUGACUGGCUUGUGAAACAUCCUGCUGUUGUACAACAAGGAAUUGGUGUCAUGGGUGUGUCAAAAGGAGCAGAAAUAACUUUAAUGAUGGCUGCAAACAGAACAGAUAUUGUGAAAGCAAUUGUGCCAAUUUCUACUUCUUUAGUAAUCUCAGCCUCGGCAUUUAAGGUUAGGGGUCAGUUAUCAGGGAUGUACUAUGAUAGCUCGAAAGCUAUUAUGACCUCAGAUGGGGCAUUAAUCUUGCGAGACUGCAUCCCAGUUGAUGAUUUUAACCAAUUUGAACCUUCCUGCAUGAUCCCAGUGGAGAAAAUUGAUUGUCCCAUGUUGAUCAUUUGUGGAGAAGAUGAUCUAGAUUUGGCAGCAGUUGAAAUGGCACAAGAAAUUUGUACACGGAUGAAUUCCUGCAGCAAGGGUGAUUUGUGUUCUGUGUUGAGUUAUCUAGGCACAGGUCACCUAAUUGAACCUCCAUAUGCACCACAUUGUUUUGCAUCCUACCACAAGGGUCUUAAGGCAAACUUUGUGUGGGGAGGAAAUACACAUGACCAUGCAAAAGCUCAAGAGGACUCUUGGCAGAAAAUAAGGGAGUUUUUCAUGAAGAAUCUUGGGCAGAGCUGUAAAAGUCAUCUUUAAAAAUGUUUGAGGAAUGAAUGAUUAGGAAUAAAUUACAACUGGUAUUAAUCAUAGAAUUUCACGAAGAGGACAGACCUCUUCAUGAAACAUACACAUAGCAUGGGAAGGCAGCAUUUUUAACCUGUAUAUUUCGUUGUUGUAUUUGCUGUUCUCAUACUGCAAGAAAUUUGAUAAUUUAAUAUUGUAAUGUAGAUGAUAGCUAAGAAAUCUAGUAAAUUUUGUAAAUUUAGUAGCAGAGUUAUUGUUCUCCUUAACCUUUUUUAAUUUGUACCUUCUCUUUGCAGCUGAGGUUGUGCUUUUGUUGUUUUCUUUUUUACUGUUAUUGGUAUUAAGUAAAAAAAUACACAGAAAUACUUAGAAUCAGAACAAUAAAAAAUGACACAAGUUUGCUUAAGACCUGCUUUAAAGUAGGGUGAAAAGAGUAUGUAAAUCCACCAUCUGUGGUAAUUUAAUACUUAAUCUUGGACCCAUAUUAUCAUAAUUUUGAAUUUAGGCCAAAAGUUUUCAGUCUCUGCAAUCCUUUGUGAUUUUAAUACCCGCAAAUCUGUUAAAUUUUAUUUCAUGCAUAUUCCCAAUCCAUGGUGUCCAAGGCAAAUCCACUUAUCUGCACACUUAGUCAGCCCUCUUAAAGGGAAGUAGUUGAAUCAUAAUAUUGCUUGGUCAAGUAACUACUAAUGACACUGCUAAUUGAUAAUGUAGUUUUUAAAGAAAGGAAGAGAAAGACAAAUAAAAAGAUACAACAUUCUGAUGCCAGGCUUUGACAUUUUUUUAACCACUUGAAUGUUUGUCCCACAAGGAUGUGGUUAGGGUAUAAGGCUUGAACAAAGUUUACACUUAAACUAUUUCCAAAUAUAUGUUUGGUAAUGAAUAACCAAAGUGGACUAAGUGCUUCAACUGCAAGUGUACAGGUAUAGUUCACAGCGUAAUAAUUGAGAUGGGCAUAAACAUUAAUUUGCAGGUUUGAUUACUUACAUUUGACUUCUCUUUCCUAAGUUUCUACCACAGGUGUUUCUUAGCUGUAUGCCAAGACUCAGUGCAAAAACUAUUCUAAAAAAGACACAUUUGUCCUUCCGCAAUUUUUUUCAAAGCAUUUACCAGUUGCUUCAAACAAAGUUCAUGAACUUUGCAUACUAGACUCAGUCGUUCUGAGCUUUUACUUUGGAUACUAGUACUGGAAAAUGAAACAUGAACAUGUGGUUGCCUGCACCUUGCUCCCAGCCAGUAAAGGUAAUCAAAAAAGGGGGCAAGAAAAACCUUGAUAGUGUCUGGGUAAGAAAAAGGCAGACGAGCCUGUUGCAUUGCUAUGAAUACUAGGUAUGGUGUAUUGUUUGCAAACUAAUUUAAGAAGUGAAACUAAUUAAAAUAAACUACACAAGACUAUCUGAUAAUGGAUUAUCCAACAAAUAGAAUGUCUCUCUCUUUCAACAGCUACUCUUCUAACAGAUUCCCUCGACCCCUUUACACCCUAACAUCAGUAUGCAUAUUCUCCAUACUGGUCUUCAUACAUUUCCUAAGAUGCUGACAAGGAGAAUUUGUUUAAAAAUAAAGAGCCUCUUUCAAGGGUGUGUUUCGUUUAUCAAAUAGGCUUUGCCUCUUGUUGAUAGAUUAACUUAAUGACAACAAUCAUGAUUAACAUUAAUUCCAUGGAUUGAUUUAAGUGUUAGAUUAUUAUGUUUCGAGUAAAGUGCGACUGUCGUAACA